UCACAAGGAGCCGCUUUCAUAUCGGACUGGUCCCGGCGUCCCGGAAAUCAAAUGGCCGUGAACCGACAGAGAGGGAGAGUGUGAUCCAGGGUUUUCUUUUCUUUUUUCUCUCCACGUCUACAGUGAGAGCCGUCUCCAUGCACACAUAGUAGGUGAGAGAGGGCAAGACGCGCUCUUCAUCCUCACACUCAGAACAUUUUAUCCAUCCGGCAGAAGAAUGGGAGAGUCCUGUUGACACCACGGAGAGAUACACGCUGAGACCGAGCAUGGCUGUGGACGCGGCGUCCAGCUUCAGUUUUUGCCGUGCCUCCCUGGAGCACACGGUGUCUGCUGAGGAGCUGAGCUACCAGCUGCCGCGUCGCGCCGGAGGCAGCAACCUGACCUGGCACGACGGCCGCGGCCAGAGGACAGCACACACAAGAACCGUCAAACUGCUGCAGCAGCCUGGCACAGAGGGCAUCCAGUUGCGUCCGGGCGAAGCCUUCACUGUGUAUCACACCAGUCCUACUCUGUCCAGUCUGUCCAAACCUGUGGUGCUGUGGACUCAGCAGGAUGUCUGCAAGUGGCUUAAGAAACACUGUCCUCACAACUACCUGACCUAUGUAGAGGCCUUCUCCCAUCAUGCCAUCACAGGACGGGCGCUGCUGCGUUUGAACGGGGAGAAGCUGGAGAGGAUGGGAAUUGUCCAAGAGACCCUGAGGCAGGAGGUCCUCCAACAGGUCCUCCAGCUGCAGGUCAGAGAAGAGGUCCGCAAUCUGCAGCUCCUUAGUAGAACCUCCUUUGGAAACUUCUCUUAGCUCAUCCCUGGUUCCAUUUUGGCAGCCCUUUUCCUCACCCCCUGUCACAAUACAUCUCUAGGAGCCAUUGAAGAGGUGCUGUCUUCAGAUAUGUGAGCAGAGAACUGACGAGUGAAAGGAGGGAGGACGAGCCUAUAGACUACAUGCCAACCGGUCUGGAGGAUUCUCAUUCAACGAGGCCAAUCUGGUUUACGGACACUGAGACAGAGACAAAGCCCCGCUUGAGGCAGGGCUACCAACUGUAACAUAGUGAUAAGAUGUAAGAUUCACAACCCUAGUGAUGAUGUAGGCCUGUCACUGGUAUAUGCUUGAUCGCAGCAAAUCUCAUUUUGAUUUCCUGUCUCAUUCAGAUCGGACUGGUUUGGAGAAUAUCAGCAGAACUCUCUGGUUUAUUUUUGACAUAUAUUCGUUGCAUCACAACCAGGAUUCACGUUUUAUUCUCUUGUCUGGUUAAGGUCAUUACAUGAAUAACUCUCUGGCAUGGUUUUAUAUAACCUUAACCUUUGAGCCCAGUGUUGCUGAAACCAUGCAAAUGGGGGUUUGUAUUGCGGAUCUCCAUCUCCCUUUGAAGCGAUAACUUGAAACCAUGUUGACAAGGAAUUAGAGCUGGUUUUAACUAAUGCCAAUACAAUCCUAAUCAAUUCCUCGCACACAGGUCCCACUCACAUUUCCCUCUCAGGACUUUAGUUUUGGAAUUGUAGGUUUGGAGCAGGGAUGGGCAACUGGAGGCCUGGGGGCCGCAUACGGCCUGCACACUCACUUGAAGUGGCCCUCAGAACAAUUACAUGCAUUUGAGCAUGACAUCUUAAAAGUGCAGUGUAAAAAUGCACAAAAUUACUUCUUGCAAUUAAUGUUGGUCUGCUGUUCUUGCACUGGAAAAAAAAAGAAAUCACAGUAGGCUAAGUGGUUAUUUUUUAUUUGCUUCAAACCUUUUGUAUUCCUAUUUAUACUGUUAAACAUGCAUUUGAGCAAGAAAUAUGUUAAGUUACUGCACUGUAAUCAUAUUUCAAAUUGCAGUUUCAUCUUAUCUGGUUAAGUACACGGUCCUAUAUGUGGCCCUGUGGUAGUGUCCAUGAAAAAAUUGUGGCCCCCUCCAGCAUUUAAGUUGCCCAUCCAUGGUUUGGAGGAUCAAAAAUUACACUUUAAGCCGAAUGUCAUUACAACAAUCAGUCUUUUUGUAUUGCGACUGAUCUGCAGUAUGUCAGCGAGGAGUUAGAAUAAUAUAUAUACAGUUAUAUACAGUACGAGCGUUGUAGAAUAAAAUAUACUUUAAAUCUGCGUAUACUGUAACUGUAGUCUUUUAUUAAUGGAACGGGAUCCCGGGGACAUGGAGUUAAUGUGUUAAUCAAUCAGACGCUGUAUGCUUGAUAAAGCAAUAAUUUAAAUGGUAGAAGGUGAAGAGGAGUAGCACUGUAUGGGAUAAAUUAUUUGAGAUGCUAGUUUGAGUGUCUGCUGAGGGAAUUCUACAUUUUGUCUGUUGCAGCGGCAGCAUCUGCCAGCCUCGUAGCUUCUGUCCUCUGUGUGUACUAGACUGCACACAGUAUGUCAUCUGUCGCACACAGACACUAGGAAAAAGGACAAGCCUCUGUUGUAUCCUACCAACUUUCUGUCCCUGGCGUGACACUGCGUUUCAGACGCUCAGAAAUCAAAAUGUGACAAGUACACAGAUGAAAGAUUCCCAGCGAAAACUCAAGCAAGCACCUUUGAUGUCACCCAAGACAGCAGCAGACAGCUAUGUAUAAUGAAGACGUUUAAGUCACAUAAAUAAAUAAAUUCAAUACAUAAAUAAUCUUCCAACAAACAAAACCUCCCCUUUCUACAUCCCUCCACCCGUUCUUUGAUAAGGAGCAUUUGGGUAAUGUAAGUAUUUGACUGUUAAAAGGGAGAAAACGCACUGUAUUAUUUUUGGAUUACCGGAUGUACUGUAAAUAUGAACACUUUUGGUUUACUUUGUCAGAUGAUUGAUGAACUGAAAAAAAGGAAAAACAUAUUUAUCUGCUUUACAGAUAAGAAGACAUAUGGUAUGGAAUAUGAUGAAAGCUGUCUUUUUAGAAUAAACUAAUUGAGAUUCA